AUGCCACCUCUUCGUGGAUUUUCAGACAACAAAUUUCAGGAUCGGGACGAUGCCCUGACUGCGACCAAAGCCCUCAUCCGGGCGCUUGUGCCUUACUUCUCUCCGGGGAAAGCCCGCGUCCAACUGCCCGUCUACUCAGGUGCCCAUUUUGACGAAACUGCAGCGCAACUUGAAGGCUUCGCACGGCCAAUCUGGGCGGUAGCUACUGCGGUGGCCGAACCAUCUGAUACUAUCGAUCCAGAAGUCACCCACUAUGUUCAGCAGUUGGUGGAAGGCCUUGCCAAUGGGCUCAAUCCGGCUCAUCCUGAGUACUGGGGCGCUAUAGGAGAUUGGGACCAACGCAUGGUUGAAGCGGAGCCAAUCUCAUUUGCGCUCUUGAUAGCACCCAAAUCUUUCUAUGAGCCGCUCUCGAAAGAGAGUCGCACACACCUAGUCCAAUGGUUAUCUGGUCUCAAUGGCAAAGUCAUGCCUGAAAAUAAUUGGCGCUGGUUCCGCGUCUUUUCCAAUCUUGCUCUCAGUCGCGUAUGUGGGGUUCCACAGGAAGAUGUCAAGGACUAUAUCGAGACCGACUUUGCCAUGCUGGAUCGAUUCGAUAUAGGGCAUGGAUGGUCCGCGGAUGGGAUCUGGAGAAACGACACGGGGGAGGGACAGGAGAGGUACGGUCGCCAGGCAGAUUAUUACUCAGGAAGCUUUGCAAUCCAAUUCAGCCAGUUGCUGUAUUGUAUUAUCGCGGAAAAGUCCGACCCUGGUCGAGUCGCACGCUAUAGAGACCGGGCGAGAGAUUUUGCCGGUCAAUUUUGGAGGUUCUUCGACGAGGAUGGUGCCUCUAUUCCCUUUGGGAGAUCAUUGACCUACCGAUUUGCCAUGGGUGCAUUCUACUCAGUCUUUGCUCUUGCCAAAUGCUAUGAUGAUACAAACCGCUACACAUCUGCCGGGUUUGUGAAAGGCAUGCUCUUUCGGCAUCUCAGGUGGUGGGCAAAGAAUUCGUCGCACAUGUUUGCGGUUGACGGGACCUUGACAAUCGGGUAUCUGUACCCGAAUAUGUUCAUGUGCGAGGAUUACAACUCUCCGCAGUCACCUUACUGGGCAAUGAAGCGUUGCGAGCCCGUCUCCGGAGUAGAGGUUCUGCAUGCGCCAUCUCAGAUCCUGUGUGACCAUCCGAAAGGUCAGCAUCACUUCAUGCUCUCUGGUGGCCAAUUCUGCUUGUGGCCCUUGAAAGCCACACAGGCAAAGUAUAGCAAGUUUGCCUACUCAUCGGCGUUUGGGUUCAGUGUGCCUAAGGGCGGUCUAUUGACCCAGCUUGCCCCUGAAAAUACCCUUGCUAUUAGCCGGGACGAUGGCAAUACAUGGGCCACAAGAUGGGAGACUAUUGGCGGUCCCCAUGUGCUACCGAAGACCUUCGAUGGCCUGACUGGCACGUCCGAAUCCACCGCAUUACGAGUCCACGCAAAGAUUCUUCUGUUCCAGAAAAGUUCACUAUUGUUGAAGGAGGCUUUGCAAUUCAAGCGAAAGAACCGCGACUGA